UAAAUCUUAGGUACGUGUUGCGGUAACACAAAACUGUAAUAAAAUUGAACAAUAAAUUUUAAAUAAAUGUAGGUAGUCAAUCGUUUUCAAAGCGUUAUCAAGUUAUCAUCAAUUCUUAUAUACAUAUGUUCUACAUAAAAACAAUGUUUUAGUAAUUUCACAUUCGUAAACCACACAUUAAUUAUUCUGUGAAUGAGGUCUUAAAUAACUGUAACGUACCUAACAUAAAUGGCUAGUGAUGUCGCGUUAUCGUUAGUGUUCGUCGGGUCGGCCGCUCCAAGGGGAGUUCGUAACUUCUUACUGCCUUCGCCCGCACAUAAAUAACAAUGUUUUUAUAUAAAACUCAUGUAUUCUUGAUAAUAAGUUUGUCCUUGAUUACAGUUAGGGCACAGGAUGAUGAAAUAUUUUCAAAUCUAAUUGAUGGCGGACUAACACCGAUGCAAAAUUUUAAAGCGGACUUAUAUGAAGUAGACAGAAAGGAACCAACUGAAGAACCAGAAAAGGUUGAAAUCAAAUUGUUUUACGAAUGUUUGUGUCCCGAUUGCAGACUUUUUGAUACGACGAGUUUAAAACCCACGGUGGCGAAACUAGCCCCAUAUUUGAAACUGAAUCUUUAUCCUUAUGGGAAUGCACAGACAACUGAAAUCAGUGAUGGCGUUUAUAAAUUCAAAUGCCAGCAUGGUCCGAAGGAGUGCUACGGUAACAGGCUGCACGCCUGUGCCAUCGACUACCUGAGCAACAUCACUGCGACUGUAUUCUUCAACUCCUGUCUGAUGGACUCUACUAGAAAGAACAAUGGAUCUGAUGAUGAAGCUGCUGAUGAGUGCGGAAGAAUUCUGGGUAUACACCCAGGUCAGAUCAAGUUUUGUGCGAAACAUGACAGAGGUAUGUACUUACUCAAACACUUUGGAGACGAAAGCAAGAAGGUUGGCUUCAAGUACGUUCCGUACAUCCUCAUUAACGGAGUAGAAAACGACGGGAGUAAAUUCAUGAAAGACGUCUGCGCAGCUUUCAAGCACCCACCCGCAGCGUGUGCACAGGCACAAGCGAGCUUCAGUCGUCCUCCAACUGAUACUUCAGAUGUGACCACAAUCAAAGAUAAAGUACAAAUCAAAGUGUACUAUGAGAGUUUGUGUCCGUUCAGUGCUCAGUUCUUCGUGUCACAACUAAAGCCUACAAUGGAGAGGCUAGGCCCAUAUUUAGACAUACAUUUAAUACCCUACGGACACGCCAAGACUCGUCGAGUGAAGAGUGCCUAUAAGUUUACCUGUCAGCACGGGAUACCAGAGUGUUUCGGCAACACGGUGCAAGCUUGCGCUAUUGAUGUUCUCCGGAAUAUCACCCGAGCUGUCUCCUUCAACGCCUGCCUCUUGCAGAACACAUCGUACCGUAGCGGAUAUGAUUACUUCAUUUCUGUUUUCCAUUGGUGCGGAUCCCAGGACAACGUGGAUGUUCAAACUAUAUGGAGGUGUGUGCACAGCGACCACGGCUCCGUACUUGUCAAGAGAUAUGGAGACGAGACACAUGCCCUGGCUCCAUCCUUCGUCCCAUUCGUGACGAUAGACGACUCCACAAUAUACCAAGACCAUGCCCUAACUAACUUAUACAGCACUGUCUGCAAACUGCUCAAGCCAACGCCAAGAGAAUGCCCGCUUUAAUUAGUUUUAGACUUUAUUUAUUUUUCUAAGUAGCUAGUGAACAGAUGUAUAUACUAUUAUAUGAAUGACUAGUUGAAGUGAUUUAAAUUGUACUUAACAUUCCAUGAGCUUGCCAACUUGCCAAGUUCAACAGUCGCUCUUCGACGGGUGUAAUGACAUAGCUGCCACCUACAGACCGUAUGAGUAUGGGGAGGUAAGGUAUGCUGGAAGCAGUUUAAAACCUUUAAUUAAAUAGUCAGUCACCCAUAGAUAUAAACCUAAAUACACAGCAAUAAAAAAAAUCAUCACAACAUCUCAAAAUAAACAGAUUCGCUUGUAGCCAUGAAACAAUUUUAGAUAGAACCUAAACCGUUUAAAAAUAUUAAAGUAAACUAUUUCAGUAAACAAAGCGAACGUUUCCAAAGUUGGGUAGUCAAUAAACUAAUAACAAAUUCCGUACGCGCUUGAUCUGACCCAGAUACGAAAUUCUCGCUAGACAAAACCAUUUUCCAAUGGCACAUUACAUCUAAAGAAGGCUUUCUUCGUUGACAACAAUUCUGUGCACCCACAUCUAGACAAAAGAGAAUCGAUUCCCCCCACGGAAUAGCUCAGCAUUCGUAUGUGUCGAGUGUCGAGCACGAAGCAAUGUAGCCGAAAUCCUAAAUGGUUGAAACUAUUGUUCUGUCGUAUAGCUCGACAACUCGACGGGCUUCCGAAAGCUCCCGGGGAAUUGUCGUUGCAUGUGGACACUUUCCCACACGCCUUCGCGGCGUCGUCGCCGUCACCGGGACUCAUGCCAAACUGUAACACUUGUCCUACUGCUGGCAACUAAAUGAUGAUAACACCCUCACCUACAUAAUGCAUUUUCACAACGUCUAUCUUUACUAGUUACUAAUAAAACUUUACUUAUAGCCGCUAAUGGUAUUUAUUUAAUACGAUGUGGUACACAAAUGAACACACCUAUAAAUACUAAUUUUAAUAAAUCACCCAUUCCGUAUAGGGUACUCAGCAGCGUGUCUGUUUGCAAUUCAAAUAAUUAUUUUGAAAUAUAAACCGUAAAUAGAACUUUUAUGGUUCUAGAUACUUACCGAGGUAAUAAGCCUUUUACAAACAUUUUGGUAAGUUGAGCACUGAUAUUAAACCACAUUGACGUUUAAGUUAUUAAGGAAAUGACUUUGAUUUAGUUAUCA